GCAGCAUUGCAAUGCGACCUGUUGUUGUUUUGCUUUGCUGUAUGCUGGUUUGGUCUGGACGAGUCGAGUUCUUGUUUUGUUGUUCUGCUGUUCGGUUGGCACGUCGAUUUCAGCUUAAUGUUUCCCUAAAUUGUUCAAUUUUCCAGUUGUUCUGCUGUAUUCCAAAUGAGCUGCAUGGAUUCGGAAGGUGCGAAUAGUGAUGUAGGCAUCAAGGUUACCAACAUAUCAGAUAGUGAUGGCUACCUAUCCAAUCCAGAAAUGGAGAAUUUUGUGGAUCAGGAAUUCAUGAGAGCGAUCGGAGAAAACGAGGCAAAAGAGCGGGCGAUCGAAAUUCCACCAGAAACAAGAAGAGAAAGUGACAAUAAUUCACAUCCACAAAUAGAUUCCACGUCUACGCCUGCUGUAAAUGUGUCAGGACAAAAUUCAUGCCCGUCUCCAGGUACAACUGGAAUGCCUGAAGUAUUGGUGCAGGCAGGAUGGAGAAUGUUUUGGAGCCAAAGAGAAAAUCGAUAUUAUUUUUUCAAUAAAUUAACCAACCAAUCAUUGUGGGACAUGCCACAAAUUGCACAAGCGGGGAUGGCAGUUCCAAAAAGUCCAACUGGUGCUGCUCCAUUGAAUGAUCCUCUUGGUUUAUCUUCUGCAACAACAACAAAAACUGUUUCACCCGAUAAUAAAUCUCAACCUGUUUCUUUAAAGAGAAGAUCUAUUGAUGAAACAUGGAACGGAGUGUCUCGUAACAAACAACCGAAGCUUGAAUGCUACUGGAACUUUGAUAUCAAUACUGACGUCAUGGUGAUGGAGAGUGCUCCAUGUAAUUUAGCUCCACCUAUACCCGAAGUGGAACAGUUUCGUGCAACUUUAACAAAUCAACUUCGUCAACAUUAUCAAGAUAUGUGUCAUUCACGAGAAGGUAUCGAUGCACCAAAUGAAUCAUUUAACAGAUGGAUCUUAGAAAGGAAAGUAUCAGACAGAGGAAGAGAUCCAAUGCUUCCUACUGAUUGUCCUGUAGAGGUAUCACCAUCGAUGUAUCGAGAAAUUAUGCAUGAUAUUCCAAUUCGAUUAUCAAGAAUUAAAUAUUUAUCUGAUGCCAGAAAACAACUGUUUUGUUAUGCAGAAGCUGCUAAGAAAAUGAUCGAAACUAGAAAUACAACAGCAGAAAGUAGGAAACAAGUGAAAUGGCAAACAGAAGAAACAUUUUCCUGGUUAAGAAAAGAACAGAAUGCAUUAUUGGAAGACUAUUUAGAUCGAUUGAGUCAUUUACGACGGCAGUGUGGACCCCACCUGGCACAAACGGCAAAGAACUCAGUCGAGGCAAUUUGUAUCAAAAUGUACCACAUGGCUCGAGAAUGCUCGAAGAAAAUAUUUGACAAAGCAACAUCAUUAUUACAAUUAAAUAAAAUAGAAAUUCCUGUGCAACCGAACCCAACUGCUCGUCUAGUACCAGCUGCUCCGACAAAGAUGAUCACCCCUACCCCACCAUUGACUGGGGUUACACAAGAAAGAGACAAGACCCAUGUUUCUUUAACCUAUAAAAGUGAAGUAAUGAGAAUAAACGGAAAAUUUAUGGAAAAACUGGAGCUAUUGUACAGGCACAGUUGUCAUGAUGAUCCGACAAUGUCAAAUUUUUUACCGAGGGUUUGGUGUUUACUAAGAAGAUACCAGACUAUGUUUGGGCCGAAUCAGUAUGAAGGUAUCGUCUUGCAAGGAGCUCUACCUGUUCCAGUAUUCAAAUGUCUUCAUGAUAUCUUCGGAGUUACGAUGGAAUGUUUUGCCUCACCUUUGAACUGUUAUUUUAAACAUUAUUGUUCGGCGUUCACAGAUACAGACUCCUAUUUUGGUUCGAGCGGACCGGUUUUGCAAUUUUUUCCGGUCAGCGGAUCAUUUGAAGCUAAUGCACCAUUUGCUGAAGAACUUAUGGAAUCAAUGGUCGAUCAUUUUGAUAAACUUUUAGCGCAAACAGACAAACCUCUUUCAUUUAUUGUUUUUGUUCCAGAGUGGAGAGAUCCCACUCCUGUUGCCACAUUGCACAUGGAAAAUAGUAGAUUCAAACGGAAACAAGUUCUUAUUCCUGCGUUCGAACACGAAUAUAGAAGCGGAUUGCAACAUGUAGCACCUGUGAAUGAAGUAUAUCAUAAAUCGGUACAUGGAACUCUACUUUUCUUUCUACAAAACGAUGCUGGGUUCGAAAAGUGGGGACCGACGCCCGCGAGAUUACGUGAAUUACUUUCGUCUUUUCAACCAGAAAAUCGAACAUGUUCUGAAAAUUUGCUUCAUUAAUAAUAAAAAAUUUUGAUGAUUUUAUUGCGAAAUAUUUUAAUGUGAAAAGUUUUUUUUAUAAAUUUACAGCAUAAUUGAAAUGUUUGAAUUUCUGGAAAAUUAAACAAGAUGGUAUCAAUCUUGAUACAGUAUACUGGAUUCUGCUACAAGUAAAUUGAAUAGAAUAUUUUCUCAAAAGUAGUUUUUCUUGGAUAAAAAUGUUAGUAUGGUGUAGUAAUGUAGUAUUAUUAUAAUUUGUUUCUGGAUUUUGAUGCAUACCAGUGGCGUAGCCAGUAAUUUUUAAAGAAAUGGGGUUUCUAAAAUUUGUAGUUGCCAAGUUAGAUCAUAACAGCUAGCCGGUUCGGGGUUCCGACCUUCAAACCCUCCCUGAUACAUAUUUAGUAAUUCACUAUAUUCAAAAUGGGAACCAAUAAACGAUGGAAUAAUGACUAUGAAUAUCAAAUUUUCAUUGCAACAAUGCUUAUAGGAGUGCAUUAUAUUUUUUACGUUUUCAAUUUCAAAUGUACGCUUGCUUUUUAUAUUUUAACCUUAUUUUUGUCGAUUUUUUUUUUCAUGUGACAUUCAUUUUAUCAACUCUGCCAUUCUUUUCAACCCUUUUUCUUAUCUAUAAUCUUAUUUUUUGAAGGUUCUCAAUUGAAUCCACUUUGACUUUGCUGCUUGUAUGUAGUAUAAUUAGCGCCAAUCCAUAAUCUAAGAUAGCAUUGUAUUACACUACGCCACACCGCCAUGAUUGUUUUUUCAAGUCAUGCUUGAUAUAUGUAUUUUGACACAAAUAAACCUUGCGCUACAGAUACGUAUAAAAAUCUCCAGUUUUUUUUUUCAGUGACAUUUUAUUGAAAAUAAUGUGAAUGAAUUAAAUAGAAUAGCCAUUUACACUCUUGCUAUAGCAUCCUUGCGUUAUACGCAUACGGAUCCACCUGCACAAAGGCAUAGAGCAAAGAAAGGUAGUUAGUUUCCCGUAACCCCAACUGUUAGUUAAACUAAAAUUGUUUGCUUUAUUCAUAAUUUGUAGAUUGUUUUGUCUGAAGAAGUUAGGCUAUGAUCAACAAAAGGUUUCUUGAUAAAAGAUUACGCUAUUCUUGUAAUGUUAAUCUAGCUUUGUUUUCAUGAUGCAAAAUGAAUUGGUGCAUUAUGGGUUUUCAACUAAUGAUUGUCGAACUAAACUUAUGACAGACACUUUGUUUUGCUUUCUUUGAAAUCCAUGUCUCAGUUCCACAGUAUGACAUAAUUUGCAUUUGCUAGAAAAUUCUUAUAUUAUUAUAAACGUCCUUUUCAUAUAUAUCAUGUGUGUCACUGGUGUUUAGAAAUCUGAUAUAGUGCUGUAUUUUUAGUGGGCUAAAUUUUUUCUAAUUUGAAAAGGAAAUUUAUCGAUACCAUAUAUUGUUUUGGCCCUCAGCCUCUCACAGAUGUAUUAAAUGAAGUAAAAGUACUUAAACAAUCACUGAUUAA